AUGAAGAAUAUAAAGCCCCACGUGAAGAGAGGUCGACCCGGCACGAGGUCAGAACAGUCUUCGAUCAGCCCUAUCGCUGUGGAUAAAACGUUGAGCAGUCCAGAUUUUUCGCACGCCAAAGGUCCGGGCAAACACAAGGGCACGGAGGUCGAGCGGAAUGAAGUUCUCUGUAUAUCACCUAGCGAUAAUUGUCUAGGCUUUGAAUGGACUAUUGGUCUUCGUAAGGAUAGUAAGGUCAAUGAAAUACUGUGCCUAGACAAGCAGCCUGACCGUGGUGACGACACACCGACUACGAGCCACGAGGACAUGAUGCCCCGCACGCCCAAUACGUGUGUCCGAUCUCUGCUCCAUCCCAAGAACCUUGAGAUAGACAGACAGAAGAUACACGGCAGUCCCAAAAUUAAAGCGGACAAAUGUUGUGAACAAACAAAAAUGCCCAAGAAAUCUUGGUCAACUAAGUCACCACGUUCUAGUGAAAUGGAUACAAAUGAUCCGCUGUUACGAUUGUUGCAAGAUGUUCAUCACGAUACGAGAAAAAGUGCCAAAAUAAUAAGAGAUUCCAAGGCGAAAUUGAUAAAUUUACAAAAGAAAGCGGUUUUGAACGAAGCGGACAUUAAGGAGCUCGGCGAGCGUAAUGAACUUCUGCUCCGCGAGAUGGAGCGCUUCGACCGACUCACAAAAACUAUUCAGAAGCUUGUUGGUGCUGAAGUCGAGCAAUUCAAAAAAUUUAAAGGAGAUCCUUUUAAACACAAUGAACUAUCGACUAAUUUAUACGAGCCGAUGUUUCCAGAAUUUGCAAUGUGCCCAGCUGCUGGUGCGUUGGGUGCAGGCAGACACACAAACAUGCCGGGACUACCGCUCCCGGGGGGUGCCAUCACCCGAAGCAAAUCUGAGAUUGACCUUACCCGGAAACUGACCGAGAGCUACGAUAUGCAGGAAAAGCUAGUCGCCGAUAAUGCCGAUUUAGAAGUCAAGAGGUAUAUUUUGUACAAGGAGUUGAUGACAAAAGAUCAGAACUUGGAGACGUGUCGCGCUCAGAUCAAGAGGUUGCAAGGGGAAUUAAAAUUGUUGAACAUUGAAAAUUCAAUCCUUAGCGAAAAACUCGAUAAGAAUAACCCUGAGGGCGAUGCAACUGCGAUAAACCAAGACGUUUCAUGCCAGCAAAAAACAAACCAGAUUAAAGAAAAUUUUGAUGAGAAAAGUCCACAAGAUCUCAUCGAAAGACUCGAUAAUUACAAAAGCUCCAGUGUUAACUUUGAAAAGCAGCUGGGCGAAUUGGAAUUAGAAGUUCGACACAUCCGAGCGGAAAUGGCUUCAAAGAAGAACGGAGAGAGCGCUUGCCGCGGCGGCAGUGCCGUCGGACCCAACACCUGCUUUCAGCAGCAGUCGGGUGGUGGACCUCCGGUACCUCCAAUGACAAAGGCCUGCGGGGUUUGUCCGCCGUGUCCGGCGCCCUGCAAUCCUAAUGCUCCGCCGACUCCCGCUGAAAAGGAAGUACAGAAGCUGACCAUUCAGUUGACGCAGAUGCAAGAAAGCUUUAAGACUAAAGUUGCAGAGUGUGCGAUGCUACGAACGGAACUCCUUAAGAAAAAAGAAGAGUUGGAGAAGGAGCGGUGCCAACAUCGCGAGGUGGGGAACAAACUGCGGGAGUUGGAGAUGAAGUUCGAGGGCCUGACGACGCACACUAACAUGCUGCUGGGCACGCGGGAGGAGGCCUUCGAGCAGGAAGUGAGCGUCAGGAUGCUGAAGCAGUGCUAUCGCGAGGCUCGGGAGGAGAUCGACGAGCUGAGAGUGCUCAUGAAGGAGCAAAACGAUCAGCUCCAAGACUACAGAGUUAAAUAUCUGCAAGCACAGCAACUAGUAGAGGAACAGAAGCGACAAAUGGACAUGAUGGACAUGGAUAACACGAGAAUAAGUGAACAAAUUAACCUCGAGAUACAGAAGGUUAAGCUGAAAUUUCAAGAGAAGCUGCAGGAGUUGGCCCCCAUCCCCGACUUGUUGAAGGCGACUCAGAUGAAGUUGAAGGACGCGCAGCAGUCGCAGGCCAUCGCCGAGCACAACGCCGAGCAACUGGCAAGGGAAUUAAAUUGCGCUAGGGAAAAGGUGCAUGUACUUUUGCACAACACCAUCAAACCGCCGGAGAAAGCUCCGGAGAAAGGCACCGAUGAAAAACAAAUAGCUCUACUGCAACAGCGAAUUUCCCAACUAACGGAAACCAAUAUAAGUCUUAAGAGUGAAAUUGAAAGACUGAAGGCUAAUGUAAUCCGUAUGGAGGAAGCCGUGCUCGCUCACGAGAAGCGGCUGCACGAGAAGAUGCACGAGUGCGCACAGCUUGGCGGCGAGCUGGACCGCUACCGGGAUGAGGCGGCGCGGGCGUUGCAGCGCGCCAACGAGCGCACCGAGACCGUGCGGAAGUGUAUGCAGACUACUGUGGCCGAGCUAGAGAGACAGCUUGCUGCCUCCAGAGCUAAUGUGAAGAACGCUGAGAAAGAACGCGAAGAGGUGCAAUGCCGCAUGCAGUGCCAGAUCAAGCGACUGAAUGAGAACUUUGAGCAGGCGCAGCUUCGAAUCCUGGGGUUGCAAGGGCAGGUGCAGGCGCUGCGGCACACCGCCUCCAGCGACGGCGAGGGCGAGGGCGACGGCGACGUCCAGGCCUGCGCCUGCAAAGAGUUCCUCGGCAGCCCUUAACUACCAUCUUACGUGCAUUGUCGUGUUAUUGUAACACAUGGUGUGUUUUGUAGCUAUUAUGAAAUCGCAUGUAUUGAUAUUUGAUAUGA